UGUAAUGAAAAUACCGGAAAAGAAAGAAUAACAUGAGGUAGCGUCGGUAAAAUACUAUUAGCAACAAGUUUAGACAUAUUACACAGAGCUACGAUCACUGCUAGAUAGUCUGGGUGAGACUUUACAUACUUUCAAUUGGAGUUUGGUAACGCAUUUCGAUACUUUUAGAACCGUUUAAGUAACUGCUAUCUAGCUAGCAUAUUUAGCUAACUUUCAAGCUGACGUUACUGUAUCUAUCAAGCCGCUCAUCAAAUUAAGAUGCCAGUCCUCUGUAGCAGUUGUGCUGAGAAGCGUGCAGUGCUAAAACGUCCAAAGACGGCCCAUUCCCUGUGCAAGGAAUGCUUCUUCUGGGCCUUUGAGGAGGAGGUGCAUCAGACAAUAGUCUCAGCGCAGCUCUUCAAACAUGGAGAAACUGUGGGCAUUGGUGCCUCGGGUGGGAAGGACUCCACUGUGCUGGCACAUGUCAUGAAAGUCCUAAAUGAGCGCUAUAACUACGGCCUGAAACUACUGCUACUGUCAGUGGAUGAGGGCAUCACAGGUUACCGUGACGACUCCUUGGAGACAGUGAAGAGGAACCAGCAGCAGUAUGAGCUGCCUCUGAAGAUUGUAUCCUAUGAGGAGCUGUAUGGCUGGACCAUGGAUGCCAUAGUGAAGCAGGUUGGACUGAAGAACAAUUGCACUUUCUGUGGAGUGUUCAGAAGGCAGGCGCUGGACAGGGGAGCCAUGAUGCUGAAGGUUGAUAAGAUAUGUACAGGUCACAACGCUGACGAUGUGGCAGAGACAGUUCUGAUGAACGUCCUCCGAGGAGACAUCGCCCGUCUGCGUCGCUGCACUGCUAUAAGCACAGCGAGCGAGGGUGAAGGGGUGGUGCCACGCUGCAAGCCCCUCAAAUAUGCUUACGAGAAGGAGAUUGUCCUCUACGCCUACUUCAAGAAGCUGGACUACUUCUCCACAGAGUGCAUCUACUCCCCCAACGCUUACAGAGGCCACGCCCGCACCUUCCUGAAAGACCUGGAGGCUGUGCGGCCCAGCGCCAUCAUGGACGUCAUCCACUCUGGGGAGAACCUGUCAGUGAGGGAGGGCGUGAAGAUGCCCGUUCAAGGGACCUGCGGCCGCUGUGGCUACAUCUCCAGCCAGGCGCUGUGUAAGUCCUGUGUGCUGCUGGAGGGCCUGAACCGCGGCCUGCCCAGACUAGGAAUCGGAAAGCACCACCGUCUCCACGAGAAGAUCCUCUCACAGCAGCCUCUGACCCAGGAAGAGGAGAGGAAGCUCAAGGCUGUGGACUUCUGAGAGGUGAAUAGGCAGAACGUCUUAGGAUCACCACCAUUGUUUCUGUUAAGUGACACUUUGAAAUGAGUGACCCAAGAUGACACAACCAGAUGUUGAGUUGUUUUAAAGGUUCAGCUUGGAAUUGAAGUAGGGAUGUUACGUUGCCUCUAAUGAAAGAGUGGCCAGCGUUUUCCUUUGUCAGCCACUCAAAUCAAAGUUAUUGGUCGUGUACACAGAUAUCCACACCUUGCUAUUGGAUUUCAACAUUGCAGAACCCAUUUUCUUUUUGGUAACUUAAGUUUGCAAUUGUAAUUUAGAAAAUAAAGACACAUGGCAUGGACAAAAUUAUUGGCACCCUGGAGCUAGUACUUGGUUUCACUGCCCUAGGCCCAGAUAGCUACAAUAAGCAUUGUUGGCAGUUAUCAAUGAGCUUGCUGCACCUUCCUACUGGCACAUUUGGCCCAAUCUUCAGCAGCAAACUGCUCUAAUUCUUCAAUGUUUGAGGGGUUCCCUCCACCAACUGUUGUUUUCAGCUCUCGCCAUAGGUUAUGGAUGUGAUUCAGAUCUUUUCUUUUCACAGGCCACUCCAGGCCCGGUUUCCCGACAGCGAUGGAACUUAGGCUUACGAGUGUAUUAACGAUGCAUCUUUCCGACAACGGCUGAAGAUGUAACAUGAGUUUCCCAAAACACCACGCAGAGAGAACGCUCACUAAGUGCGUCGUUGAGGCAUGUGACGAUACUGAUAGAAUCAAAAGAAAGGUAACACUGCUCUCGGAUCAGAAUUCUCCAUUCAAAUCUGACCUUAACAUUCAAAUUAUUCCACAAUACUGACAAUGGAUCAGCUCUUAGAGAUAUUAUCACCUAAGGCUACAAAUAUUGAGGCGGCUUAUUCUAAUGCUCACCCUAUAAUAAUGCAUUAAAUCAAGAUUUGGCACAUCAUUAAAUAUAUUGAGGAAAAAAUUAAACAGUAGUGUACAAAUAGCAAAAUAGAAGUCAAUUAAUUGAACAUGAAAUAUAUUUCAAUAUGAUUGACAGAGGCCUUAUAGGCUACUGAAUUUAUUUUUUGAAUGCAGUCAUCUCGGUUGGAAUGUGAGGCAUCUUUGUAUAUGUUGAUUGUUUGUAUCAAUUGCAAAGACAUUGGCAACUUUGUAUUUGUAGUCAACGUUGUUCUGAAGUUAUCGGUGGUUACAGAAAGACGGAUAAACCAUGUGAUUCAAGGUUCAGCAGAGAUCCUCUGUAUAACGGGAGGGCAAAAAAAGCGUCUAAUGACAAACUUAGCGGUCCUGCGAGUGGUCUGAGGCAGGCAUUAGAUUACAAGUGUUUUAAACGCAACGUUAAUAACAAUGGUUUUGGGAAACGGCUCAGAGAUUUUAACGAUGCUCCUACGAAGGUUCUAGCUAUGAACUUAGCCUUAAGAUGCUUUUGGGAACCGGGCCCUGAGCAGUCCAGCAACUCUCCUUGAACCAUUCCUGGGUACUUUUGAUGUGUGUUUGGGGUCGUUGUCCUUCUAUAAGACCCACAACCUUUAACAUAAAUAUUUUUUUUGUGGACACUGGAUGAUUAUUGGACUCUAAAACACCUUGGUAAUCUGCCGAUUACGUGAUGUCUUGCACACAUUCAAGGCCCCCAGUUUCCUAGGCAGCAAAGCAAACCCAGAGCAUUUUUCGAACCUCCCCAAUUUUUUGAUUGAAGGGAGGGUGUUGUUUUCUUCGAAUGCUUUUGCCAUUGGUGAACAUAGUAAGACACGACUGCUGGGAGACAAGAAAGCCUGGUGGAACUUCUCCAAACAAGGCAAAAUCCUGGGGGAAAUGUUAUGUGGUGUUUUUACUGACAACCAAAUCAAGCAUUCAAUGAAAAGAACUCUCUACAAUCAAAGAUGCGUGAGGUCUGAUGAUUCUGUGGGGUUGCUUUGCUGCCUCGGCUACUGGGGGCCUUGAACGUGCAGGCAUCAUGAAAUCAGCAGAUUAUCAAGUGUUUUGGAGUCCAAUGUACAACCCAGCAUCCAAAAGCUGUCUCUGAAUUGAAGGUUGUGGGUCUUCCAGCAGGGUAAUGACCCCAAACACACAACAGAAAGCACCCAGAAAUAGUUGAAGAAAAGAUGCUGG